AUGUGGAAAAAAGGGUUUGCUUAUUUUGAAAUUGUUGAUCAUUCGUCUCAAGUAAUAGUGGGACAGCUCAACAUCAAUGCUUUGGGUAAAUGGAACAUUGCAACUGUUUAUGGAGGUAAAGAUGCUCAAACCCGUAGAUCUCUUUGGAACAAGCUUGAAGACCGUAUGUGUGGUGAUGAGCCUUGUAUCAUAGGAGGGGAUUUUAAUUGUAUCCUCUCUAAGGAAGACAAGAGGGGUGGAAAGAGGUUCCAUCUUUCCAAUAGAUCUAAAGAUAUGAAGAAGUUUAUGAUUAAUAAUGACUUCCAUGAUAUAGGAUUUGUGGGUCCUAGUUAUACAUGGUGUAAUAACAAGGAAGGGAAUUCUAGAAUAUGGGAGAGAUUUGACAGAUGUCUCUUAAAUUCUAUGGCUCUUCACAAUAUUCCUAUGGCUAAGGUACAUCACUUGCCUAGAGUUGCUUCGGAUCAUGCUCUUAUAUCUAUCAAUCUAGUGGAUCAUCAAAAACAUAAUUCGGGUCUCUUAAGAUUUGAAGACACAUGGAAGAGUUAUCCAGCCACUUGGAAUAUUAUUCUCAAAGCUUGGGCAAGAAUGGAUUUUGGAUCUUGUGCUGAAAUUCUUCAAAGAAAGUUGAGAUCUAUUAAAGCUCUUUAUUACUGGAAUAAAAAUAAGUGUAGAGAAUUGAAUUCUUUAAGGGAAGAGUUGAGGAAAGACAUUUUGUUAUUACAAAUUGAAGAAGCUAAUGAAGGAGGAUUAAUGGAAGAUAAACUGAAUUUAUUGAGGAAUAAAGUUCAUAUUCUCAAUGUUACUUUGAGUAGGCUGUCCACCUGGUGGAACCAAAGAUCCAAAAUCAGAUGGCAACAAGUUGGAGAUUUAAAUUCUAAUUUUUUUCACCAGUAUGCUUUAGCGAAGAAGAACGGCAAUAUGAUUUGGCAGAUUAAAGAUGAUAAUGGGACUGUGGUGGAAGAUUUGGAACAAAUUGAAAUGGUUUUCUACAGAUUUUUUCAGAAAAAAUGGUCAGCCAGAACUUGUAUGCUUUCGGGUUAG